CAAACAAACACCAAGGCGAGAGGAUGAGCAGCAGCCAACAGGAGCAGCACCUCGCUGAUGCGACGGAGCUGGAGGAGCUGGAGCGGCGGCUGACCCUGGAGAGUGAGGGCUUGGAUCUCGAUGGGGAGCCCGGAGCACACGUGGAUGACGACGGCGAAGGUGGCAAUGGUGGUGAUGGUGAGCUUGGCGGCGAGGACGAGGAUGACAACCCGCUGGAGUUGUCAAAGCCGGACGUGGUAUUUCACAUGGAGGAUUCGUUCAACCAGCACGACGAUGACGAGGACAUGGACGACGAUGAUGCGGGCGAGAACGAUGCGAUGACAGAGGGUGACAGAGGCGAGGACGCACGUGCUUCGAGAGGGAACAGUUUCCGUGCUGGCGAGGGUGAGGGAAAGCGGAGUCGCGCGGGCAGCAAUGUUCGACGUGCUUACGAGGAGCUGUCGCAAGGGCGCUCCCCAACAGUCCGUUCACAUGCCAGCUCCAUCACCUCUCGACAUGACACCGAGGAGCCACAAAGGACAGAUGCUGCGCUGGAGGAGGCAUCGUGGGUAGAAGAGGACAAACACAUCAUCAUCCUCAGUGAUGCGGGAAAGCCCAUCUACACCAGGCACGGGAGCGAGGACAUGAUUGUGACGCGGGCUGGCGUGAUCCAAGCGCUGAUCUCCUUCAUUGAGGAGAACUACAGGCGCCCGGACGGCACUCACGGUUCUGUGCCCUUCCGCCAGCAAAAGGAAAUGACAGAGGACGAACGCGAUGAACUCAUGUGGUUCAAGGCUGGGGAGUUUUACUUUGUGUUUCUCGUCCGCUCGCCGCUGUAUCUGCUCAUGGUCUCAAAGACCGGCGAAGCCGUCAAACACUUGAAGCAGCAGCUUGAGUACGUGUACAGCCAGCUACUGUCCAUCACGACCCUGAGCCACAUCCAGCGCGCGUUCCACCGCUGGUCCAACUACGAUCUGCGCUGCCAUCUCGCCGGCAUGGAGAAGUUUACAGAGCAUCUCAUCGACCGGCUCCAAGCCGACUAUGCGUUCUUCCUCAAUGCGUAUCAGUGUCUGCCAAUGGAUCCGUCCGUUCGCGACAAACUUGGCGCUCUCAUCCAGCAGCACAAGCAGAAGGAGGUCGUGUUUGCGCUUGUUGUCGGCAACGGCAAAGUCAUGUCCCUCAUGCGCCCGCGCCGCUUCCCGCUGAAACCGCAAGACAUUCUGCUGAUGUUGAAUGUGGUGCAGACGCCAACGCGGUCGUUUGAUGUCGGAGAGACGUGGAUGCCGCUCUGUCUUCCGCACUUCAACUCGUCCGGUUUCAUGCACGCGCACGUGACAUACUUGCACGAGGAAGAAGGAAUAUUUCUCCUCCUCCUCUCCAACAAGCAGGACGCGUUUAAAACCCUCUCAACCUGCCGUAAUGAAAUUGUCUCGUCCCUGGCCGACAGCAAACUGCUUGCCGGUGUUCUUCGCGCCGUCAGAGCAGAAUCCUUCAGAGUUUCGACGUUGAAGAUCCCUGACUUGCGGCACUUUGUGUACAAACACAUCAAGACAAACCAGUUCACGGUGCCGGCGCUGGAGCCGCCGUACUCGGAGCCGGACGAGGAGAGAAGGUUGUUCUGCCUGUAUCAGCACGUGGAGAGUCAAAUGCACGCCAACAAUCGCCCCGUUAAGCUCUUCUUCCGCUCAUCGCUGCAGGAGGCCGUGCUGGGAUGGGCGACUGCGACGUUUGAGCUGUAUGCGGUGUUUGAUGCGCUUGCCACAAAGCAGACGGUGACAGCGUCUGUGUUGGCGCUGUUGAAAUGGAUCAAGAAGUCCGAAACACGCCUCUUUAUGACCUCCCCGCAGCUCACCUCGUGAUGAUAGUGGUGGUGAUGGCGGCUUGUUGUGAUUGUGGUUGUCACUGCUGUGUUCGUCGGCUUGCAGUGUGGAUCGAACAUGACUUGUUGUUGCUGCUGUUGUUGUUGUUCAUUAGAUUGACAUGCGUGUGUGUGUGUGUGUGCAUGUGCAGCGUGUUUUGUGCGUGGGUAUGCACUCGCAGCGCGGUGUCGUCUGUUCGCAUUUUGUUGUUUGUUCCACAACAUUGCACCUGAUGGGUUGACUCUCCGCCAAUUGUGUGCGAGUGCAGUGCUCUCAUUCGCCAAGCAAUAUAGCAGCCUUCCGUUCGAAGCACAUGCCACACUUUCUGGCAGCGUGCUGCGGCUUGUGUUCAAGCCAGUUCACCGUCGUUGCUUUGUUUAGUUGGGGUUAAAGUGAUGCCAUCACAAGACUAUCU